GGCGGUGGCUGGGUGGCCGCGUGGCCGGGUGUCCGCAACAGCCAUGGUGUCGAAACUGAGCCAGCUGCAGAGCGAGCUCCUGGCGGCCCUGCUGGAAUCGGGGCUCAGCAAAGAGGCGCUGAUCCAGGCCUUAGGGGAGCCGGGUCCCUACCUGCUGGCUGCGGACGCCCCCCUGGACAAGGGGGCGUCCAGCGGAGGGAGCCGAGGAGAGCUGGCCGAGCUGCCCAAUGGGCUAGGGGAGACCCGGGGCUCGGAAGACGACACGGACGACGAUGGGGAAGACUUCACGCCACCCAUCCUCAAAGAGCUGGAGACCCUCAGCCCCGAAGAGGCAGCCCACCAGAAAGCCGUGGUGGAGACCCUUCUGCAGGAGGACCCAUGGCGUGUGGCAAAGAUGGUCAAAUCCUACCUACAGCAACAUAACAUCCCUCAGCGAGAGGUGGUGGAUACCACCGGCCUCAACCAGUCCCAUCUGUCGCAGCACCUCAACAAGGGCACCCCCAUGAAGACGCAGAAGCGAGCGGCGUUGUACACCUGGUACGUCCGCAAGCAGCGAGAGGUGGCUCAGCAGUUCACCCACGCAGGGCAGGGUGGGCUGAUCGAAGAGCCCACAGGGGAUGAGCUGCCGACCAAGAAGGGGCGGAGGAACCGUUUCAAGUGGGGCCCAGCGUCCCAGCAGAUCCUGUUCCAGGCCUACGAGAGGCAGAAGAACCCCAGCAAGGAGGAACGUGAGACGUUGGUGGAGGAAUGCAAUAGGGCGGAGUGCAUCCAGAGGGGCGUGUCCCCCUCGCAGGCCCAGGGACUGGGCUCCAACCUUGUCACGGAGGUGCGCGUCUACAACUGGUUUGCCAACCGACGCAAGGAAGAAGCCUUUCGGCACAAGCUGGCCAUGGACACUUACAGCGGGCCCCCUCCAGGGCCAGGCCCUGGGACGACACUGCCGGCCCACAGCUCCCCUGGCCUGCCCCCAUCUGCUCUUUCCCCCAGCAAGGUCCACGGUGUGCGCUACGGACAGCCUGCGAGCAGCGAGGCGGCAGAGGUGCCAUCCAGCAGCGGUGCUCCUUUAGUGACCGUGUCCACACCCUUGCACCAAGUGUCCCCCACAGGUCUGGAGCCCAGCCACAGCCUGCUGAGCACCGAAGCCAAACUGGUCUCAGCCGCUGGAGGCUCCCUGCCUCCCGUCAGCACCCUGACCGCACUGCACAGCUUGGAGCAGACAUCUCCAAGUCUCAACCAGCAGCCCCAGAACCUCAUCAUGGCCUCGCUUCCCGGGGUCAUGACCAUUGGACCCGGGGAGCCUGCUUCUCUGGGGCCCACAUUCACCAACACCGGUGCCUCGACCCUGGUCAUUGGCCUGGCCUCCACUCAGGCACAGAGCGUACCAGUCAUCAACAGCAUGGGCAGCAGCCUGACCACCCUGCAGCCCGUCCAGUUCUCCCAGCCGUUGCACCCUUCCUACCAGCAGCCUCUCAUGCCCCCCGUGCAGAGCCACAUGGCCCAGAGUCCCUUCAUGGCCACCAUGGCUCAGCUGCAGAGCCCCCACGCCCUCUACAGCCACAAGCCAGAGGUGGCUCAGUACACGCACACAGGCCUCCUGCCCCAGACCAUGCUCAUUACCGACACCACCAACCUGAGUGCCCUGGCCAGCCUCACGCCCACCAAGCAGGUCUUCACCUCGGACACUGAGGCCUCCAGCGAGUCUGGGCUGCAUGCCCCGGCAUCUCCAGCCACCACCAUCCACAUCCCCAGCCAGGACCCUGGUAGCAUCCAGCACCUGCAGCCUGCCCACCGGCUCAGUGCCAGCCCCACAGUGUCCUCCAGCAGCCUAGUGUUGUAUCAGAGCUCCGAUGCCACCAACGGCCAUGGCCACCUGCUACCAUCCAACCACGGGGUCAUCGAGACCUUCAUCUCCACACAGAUGGCCUCCUCCUCCCAGUAACCAUGGCAACCGCCUCCCAGGGCUCAGGCCCUGGAGCCUGCCUGGGGGGUGAUGAGGACCACUGCCAUUCACCUGGAAGACACUGGGGCCUGCCAUGCAUCUGCUGCCACGUGGUCCCUCUGCCACUCUGCCAGCAUGAGAAAGGGACAGUUCCCAGAGGCCCCCUGCUGAGGAGGGCGGUAUUGGCUGAGCAAGAGGGGAGACUGUGGAAAACAGGGAGGCAGAGCCUCUUUCUGGAAGGACAAUGCCUGCUGCUCAGGAUAAGACCUUAUGACUUAGAACACAGGAGGGGCCAGCCUUCGACUCUGGAGCCCCCUGCCUCAGUCUACAAUGAACCCUGGGGUCUUGAGGGAUUGCUGGCAGCCACAUUUUUUCUUCUUUUUUUUUUUUUGUGUGCCAGUCCUGGGGCUUGAA